UCGAUUAUGUGCAAGCUAUAACGUCCUGCUUCCCUUCCAUUAUCUUGGUUUUGUUCAGGCAUUAUUACAGCGGGGAGAGAUGUAAAGGGCCGACUGUUCUAUAUUAGAUUAAAUUCCCCAUCCUAACAACCUGCUUGACGCCGCAAGGUUUCACUGAAUUGUUUUGACGUUUUGAACGUGGUUCGUCGAUCGAUGCGUGGGCAUCCCUCUGUUUAUGUGUUCUGCCAGAACUGGAUGUGGAGUACAAGAGGACGCAAUCAAAACUAAUGGAGGACAGAUUGUCUCCUAUCGUUUAAUCCGGUUUCAGCGAGAUACACUGGAUAGAGUGACACAUAUGGGGCGUCGCCAUGGCAACGUCACCAGACGCAAUGUUACCGAGUCAUCCAUGUGACAUAACAUAGGCAGCGGAUGAACAACAAGGGUUGAUUUAACAACAGACGGCGAACACCACGCUUCCACCUUGAGAUGUGGGAAACACGACCUGAGAUCCGUGACAUAAGGUGACUGAAAGUACUACCAAUAACGAUCUGAUGAACGCCAAAUGGGACCUUAGGAGAAGAAACUACAGUACACUGUGAAAUUGACAGGCCCCGUAGUGCUUACUAACAGACAAAUUGAAGUUUGCAGACCAUGUGACGGAGUGGUCUUUUGCCAGGCUUCCAAGACGGCUGCCACAUUAGGGAAGCACCGGAAGCUAGAGGUGAAGGCAUAAUACUCAAUGGACCCCACCAAUCUCCCGCCUACAAGUACGUCCCAUGCCAACGUUCAGCAACCACAUUGGAUUAGCAUAGUCGCCCUGGUGGCAGGCGUCGUGGGGGGUCUCAUCCUCGUCAUUUCCGUUAUUGUUGUCUGUAAAUAUUGUUUCAAGAAAUCCUACGACAAGGACCCGGAAGUGUAUCGUACAGGGUCAGACAAACGCGGCUUCCGUCCUUAUAGGCAGUACGAGAGCCUCCAAACUCAGCCCAGCGUUGAGGAACAGUCAGAGAUCUCGGCCGAUAGCCAGCAACACACGGAAGACGGGUAUAAUGAUUAUCCUGAAGAACAGGUAAAGUUAGUUGACGAAGACAACAAAGCGACAUUCUCUGGACAGUGUCUUCGUGAAUUGUCAGGGAUACCCGAGGAGGCCGCCGCCAACAGCAACCACCACAGCGACACCUAUGAGCAGUAUGAGCCCGAAGACGGCGGGGAGAGACGAGUGUCCUUUCAACUGAGUGACAUACCCAUACGACCCCCUUCGUCUUAUUUCAAAAAAGGAAGAAGCAUGCAGCACGAUGACGUCACUUCCGGUGACAGUGUCAACAACAACAACAUGUACACAGAGGGAGAUUACCACUAUCUUAAGAAGUUGCGAAUUGACCCUGUUCCAUCUGCUUCUGCUGCUAAAAUGGUUCGCCAGGCAACAGUGGCAACGCCAGAAAUAAUGGCGUACGAGAACGUAACGCCACGUAAGGACGCGUCUGAGAUCACGCGCGAAGUGACUUUGUUCUCUGAUGACAAUGUCACAGACCACGAGAUGGAGGAGGAAAACUAUGCACCGAACCUGACGAAUACGCACAUUGUAAGAGACGCUAGACCUCACAAAACUGAAGUGUGUGUUGAAGUCCAUCGAAUAGCAAGCGAAUCACCGUUAUCAAACGGUAACGUCAACAAACCCUCCCCGCCAAGAAAUUUAAUGGUCGAUAAAAGUGGGCGAAGACGCCAGUCUCAGAGCCUCGAGGUGGUCAGUCCUUUAGGGCGGCAGAGCCUGGGGGAGGCCCGCAAAGUACGCAGUUAUGAUGCUGUUCUGGAUUAUGAGUUUGAGCAGGCAGCGUUGGACCGAAUGAACAAGGGACCCUUCUACAACGCAGAUUACGACGUGGUGUCAGAGAGCAAGAAGUCUCCGUGCCGCGGCCGGGUCUGUUAUAACGACACGGGCAGCUACGAGAAUGUCAACGAAGAGAAGAUUUGCGACGAGCUGGAAAUGGGGGCCCUGGAAAUGGACAAAAUCACGCUGACCGAGAGCGAUGAAACAGAGGAAACACUCAAUGGAGGGCAAAAGUAUCGGGACCUUUGGUAUCUGAGAGCAACGUUGGAAAAAGAGGAGGAGAACCAGGAGGAUACGGUAAGAAUGGAGGAUACUUUGUCACCGUCACCAGAAAAUGAAUCUCCCGAGCAAGGGACAUCUAUAACGACGUCCUUUGAGUCCACAGCGGGGUACGCAGACGAGAGCGACGUUAAUAUGCCGGAAAACAAAGGGGAUCCCAAAAUACCAGAACAAAAGAGAAAACAAUCGGCGCAGUUCCUCACGCCGCCUAACGUUAACGGAGAAAUGAGGAGGCAAAACUAUAGAAGUAUUCUCACAAAGCGUCUGCAGAACAAAAUGGACGCGCCACCGACAGCAAGCAAUGAUAACAGUUUCGACAGCUUUGAGACGGACGGCGGACGGAGUACGUCCGAGUCCAGUCGACAGGAGGUGACAACGACGUCAUUCGAGACAUCUACGGAUAAUACUGACAGUACCAACGACAGUCAGACACACAAACUGCAACAAAUGAAACACGACAGUGGGUACAAAUCCUUGGAGGUGAAUAAAUCGUUAGAUAAUGGUGCUGCGCCAGUGAAAGCGUUGUCUCUGGACAGCCACACACCUCCUAGGCUAGCUAAAAAGCAAAUGCGCGUCUCCUUUGAACAAGACAGCAUCGACAAAGACGAAGCCAUGGACACGUACCCGCCAACAGAGGGAGAGGGGGCAACGGCAAGCGCCGCCGACCCGACACACAAACGCUACAGGAAAAACAACAACCAUAACCACGGCGGCCAAUUAUUCGACAGGAGGGCAGCUAAAACUGCGUCGAAGAAAAGGCGGGAGUUUCAUCGUGAGCGUCAGUUAGUUCACGUGUAUGAAAGUAUCAACGAGCCUGAGACCGACAGCAAGUCUGACCAACCCUCUGGGGACAGCUUUGAAGAGCCCGCCACCUCUAGAGCUCCUCCCCAGCCGCACGGGAAGUUCUCCGUUUUCACUCGAUUCUUCCGUUCUAGUAGCGGGAAAACUAGGCAUAAAACUCGCGUUCGAGAUUACAGCAUUGACGAAAAAACCGAUCAGAUCUUCAACGAAUUCCUCCGACAGGACCCGAAGUACGAACCUGCCUCGUCUCUCUCAGUGCGCUCUCGGUCCCCGAGAAUCCAUUCGCGGCAUCGUGGCUUGAGUCGCAAGCAGUACACAGACCCGCAGAUUGGCGAGUCGUCGGGAAGAGGGAACAAAUUGAAGCCAGAGAUGAGAAGCGUCAGUCUGGGUAGCGACAGCAGCUGCAGCUCCACGAGAAAACUGUCUCCCCAGGACAGCAUAGAGGAGGAGUACCUUAGGCAGGAGAGCGCCAGAAUUUGGGACUCUGGUCGGGAACGCCACUUUGCUUCUCCCAAGGAACACCCUCAAAGCACCAUUCACGAAAUUCCGAUCAUCAAACUCCAUACAGAAGAAGAACAGUAAAUGUUGAAGCUGUGCUUCUACAGGUUUUAAUCUUUUCAAUCUCUCCUUACCACACUGACACAUUCCAUCUUGAAACAGACGACAUCUUGCUCGUGCACAUUACCGGAGCGCAAUGCUCUUUUUUAUGACCUAGCGAUUUGCUUCGAUCCAUUGACGAGUACCCAUCGAUGCUGCUUAUUGUACAGGUGUUUUUUUCCUCUUAAAAAUAUGCAUAUCCAUUCAGGAACAUUGUUGUUGGUGGUCUUUGUCUUUAAUCUUACAUAUGGCCGUAUAUUGUGAACCACGAUAAAGUUAUUUUGAUAGGGAGGGACGGGGCGUUUGUACAAUCGAGCAAGUUAUCAGCUGCUCUUGAAUCUUUCAUCUUUCAACGGCAAAGCGAGAAAUGUAUUCAAUGAAGCGUUGCCUAUGGCAACAAGAGUUUUCUGCGGAACUGUAAAAAUGUCUCCAAGUCAGGAGGCCGGUUUGCGAUAUGCUCAAAUAUUAUAUAGUUUUGUUGCAUAAUUUUUCACUUGUCGAUGUGUUAAUUGGUAUUCGAUCUUUAUCUUGUUGAGUAUUUUGGGUAGAUUGAAUGAAACGCUGAUAAUUAGGGGGUCAUAUUUUACAUAAUGUUAAGCACACAGUUGUUUUGAUAAUUAAUUAACCUACAGGUUUCUUCUGUCUACACACUUGCAAAUCACUUUUUAAACUGUAUAUUUUUAUACUACAAGUUUGACUCUGCUAUGGGUUAUUACAUUGGUGCACAGAACAGUUACGCUUAUUUCUUUUGAAAAUACCUUUUUUGAGUCUCUUAGAUAUUUGUUCAAGUUAUUGCAUGGAAUGUAGAUUUUGGUCUUUUCGUAGGCUCUUAAAUCUAAUCAAUUGCAGCAUUAGCAAUAUCAUGUUCGCUAGAGUGCUUACGUCCGUCACAGAUAUGGGGUUCUUGUAUCAAAUUUUGACCACCGUAAGGUUCCUAUUUAAUUAAAUUUGAUCCUAUUUGAAAACAACGCAUAUGGGAAGUGCACCGCCAAGGGAGGGAGGGUGGCAUGUCAGUUUUCAACUCUGUGACGGCGGUAGCCUAUAUGUUUUUAUAACAUGCAUCAUUCUUAGCAACGUCUCCCUUAGCAACAGAUUAUUUCAUUAAUUAGCAAUGCAGGGUAUCUGCUAAACAUUAUUUUAGCAUGCAUAUCAGCGUUCUGAAUCUAUCACUACUAUGUAGGAUACCUUGUUAUUCACCAGAAUAAGUUUUUGUACACGGUAAGCGUCUCGCGUGUAUUGUGCUCGAUUUUUGCAUUAAUAUAUUCAUACAAGAUUUGAAAAAAACGUUUUUAAAAAAUUCUACUUAUAUAUUUUCGCAAAUUUGCGACUGUAUUUUGUCAUUGUGCAAUGCAUUGUUCUGUGAUCGUUAU